AUGGCAACAGAGGACAGGGAAGUGAUGGAAGACCGGGGGGCAGGAGAAAGCUGUCCCACCUUAUCCAAGUUGGUGCCUGCUGACUCCAUGCCUGAAGGGAAGCCAAAGGCUUCUUUGGAAGCAGAGGCCCCCAAGCCAGACUCCUCUUAUGACUACCUGGAGGAGAUGGAAACUUGUGAGGAUAGAGGCUGCCCAGGGCCCCCCAAGACACUAUCCCAAAAGGCUGGUGCUACCACCAAGGGCCAAGCAGGCGAUGGACCCGGACUCGAAUCCACAGAACUGCCCCCAGGCCCAGGAGAAGAGCACAACAACACAAUGGAGCUGGAGAAGGUGCGCAUGGAGUUUGAGCUGACACGUUUGAAGUAUCUCCAUGAGGAGAAUGAGAGGCAGCGGCAGCAUGAGGAGGUGAUGGAGCAGCUGCAGCAGCAGGCAGGGCCCCGCCAGUUCUCCGGAGGCCUCCAGGACCUCUUGCUUCCUCAGAACCAGUUUGCCAUGUUCCUGUACUGCUUCAUCCUUAUACACAUAAUCUAUGUCACGAAGGAGAUGGUCUUCUUCCUCUUCUCCAAGCACUACCUGUUCUGCAUUGCCGCCAUUUUGCUGUGUCUGAUUAAAACUUUCUGGUCCUACUUCCAAUGCCUCUGCUUUCUCCAUCACUAG